UCCAUGCUGGGGCCAAAUCAUACCAUAGUGUCUGAGUUCAUCCUCAUUGGCUUCUCCAGAUUCCCCCAUCUUCAGUCGAUAUUUUUUGUGAUAUUUCUGUUAAUGUAUUCAUUCACACUGCUGGGCAACCUUCUCAUCAUGUUGACCAUCCGGAGUGAGAGGAGCCUCCACACACCCAUGUACUUCUUCCUAUGUACACUCUCUAUCUCAGAAAUCUUCUACACUUUUGCCAUUAUCCCUCGCAUGCUCACUGACUUGGUCUCCAAUCAUCACACCAUCUCCUUCCUUGGCUGUGCCAACCAGAUGUUCUUCUCCUUCACAUUUGGCUUCACCCACUCUUUCCUGCUUAUGGUCAUGGGCUAUGACCGCUAUGUGGCCAUUUGCCACCCUUUGCGCUAUAAUGUGCUCAUGAACUCACAGGGCUGUGCCUGGUUGGUGGCCUCCUCAUGGGUUGGUGGCAUGGUAAUGGGGCUGGUGGUAACACUUGCCAUUUUCCACCUGACUUUCUGUGGGCCCAAUAAGAUCCACCAUUUCUUCUGUCAUGUACCCCCUUUGGUAAAGCUAGCCUGUGGAGACAUCUCAAUAGUGGCCAUGGGAGUGGGGAUGGUCUGCAUUACAGCCCUACUGGGAUGUUUCCUCCUCAUCCUCCUCUCCUAUGCCUUUAUUGUGGCCGCCAUCUUGAGAAUUCCUUCAGCUGAGGGUCGUCGCAAAGCCUUCUCUACCUGUGCCUCCCAUCUCACUGUGGUAGUUGUGCACUAUGGCUUUGCCUCUGUCAUUUAUCUUAAACCCAAGGCCCCAGAAUCCCUGGAAGGGGACACCCUGAUGGGCAUCACCUACACCGCUCUAACUCCCUUUCUGAGCCCCAUCAUCUUCAGCCUGAGGAACAAGGAGCUGAAGAAUGCCCUGAAGAAAGUCUUCUUCAGUAGCCAGUGUCCCUUGAGACUCCGAUAG